GAGUGAAGUGAUUGUAAAGUAGAAACGCUCUCCUCAAGACACCAUCAAUAUGCCUGGAAAAGUCAAGGCCUACGAGCUCCAAUCCAAGUCAAAGAACGACUUGUCAAAACAACUUUUGGAGCUGAAGAAUGAGCUCCUCGCUCUGCGGGUACAGAAGAUUGCAGGAGGGUCCGCGUCCAAGCUGACGAAGAUCUCUGCCGUCCGCAAAUCGAUCGCACGCGUGCUGACAGUGAUGAACCAGAAGGCUCGCCAAAAUCUCCGCGAAUACUACAAGGACAAGAAGUACCUUCCUCUUGACCUCCGGCCAAAGAAGACACGCGCAAUUAGACGGCGAAUGACAAAGCACGAAUCAUCGCUUAAGACACUAAAGCAGCGAAAGAAGGAUUUAAAUUUCCCCAUCAGAAAGUACGCAGUGCGGGCUUGAGUGAUAUGUUGACGUGCUAUGCUUUAUGUAAAAGGCAAUUACGUAAUAUGCUUGGCGUGCGAUGAAA